UGGUCCCAGGCUCUGGGGGGACAGAUAAGGCCUGGGCAGUGCUGCCCACCAGCAGACACUGUCCUCCAGCCUCCUCAUGACUCAGCCCAGCUGCUAUGCCAAGUCUCAGCUGGUGGCAGGGGGAGGGAUAGGGAAACUCCAGAUUUUCACUUCCCCAAUCACCCUGAGCCUGAUCCAAAUGGGCAAACUGGACAGGGUCCUGACUUUGCACGUAUGGCCUGGAAAGUGGCCUCCACGGGGACCGUCAUGGCUCCCAAGCGCCAACCCCCGCCACAGACCGCAGGUCCCCUGAAGAAGCAGGGGCGCCUGGAUGCAGGUGAAGAGGACAGAUUUCACUCCACAGUCCAGGCCCUCCGGGCUGCACCCACUGAGCAGCGUGUGAUCCACGUGGAUUCUGAGUGCCCGCUCUAUAAAAAGCCCGGGACCCAGGUGCAUGAGGACUACAGCUGUACCCUGAACCAGACCAACAUUGGGAGCAACAACAACAAGUUCUACAUCAUCCAGCUGCUGGAGAGCCCUGGUGGCUUUGCCUGCUGGAACCGCUGGGGUCGCGUGGGUGAGACGGGCCAGUCCAAGCUCAGGGAAUUCACCAGCCUGGAAGAUGCCAGGAAGGACUUUGAGAAGAAAUUUCAGGAGAAGACCAAGAACAAAUGGGCAGAGCGGGAUCACUUUGUGGCCCACUCUGGCAAGUACACGCUGAUUGAUGUGCAAAGGGACGAAGAGGCCCAAGAGGUCAUGGUGAAGGUGGAAGGAGGCCCAGCAAGCGCUGUGGCUAUGCAGGUGCUGCCCUGCUCUCUGGCCCCUGCCACACAACAGCUGAUCACCAACAUCUUCAGCAAGGAGAUGUUCGAGGGUUCGAUGGCCCUCAUGAACCUGGAUGUAAAGAAGAUGCCCCUAGGCAAGCUGAGCAAGCAGCAGAUCGCCACUGGCUUCGAGGCCUUGGAGGCCCUGGAGGAGGCCCUGAAGGCCCCAGAGGGCAGUAGUCACAGCCUGGAGGAGCUGUCCUCCCACUUCUACACCGUCAUCCCGCACAACUGUGGCCGCAGACGUCCUCCUCUCAUCAACACACCAGAGCUGCUGCGGGCCAAGAAGGACAUGCUGCUGGUGCUGGCGGACAUCGAGCUGGCCCAGGCCCUGCAGGCAGCCCCAGAGGAGGAGGUGAAGGUAGAGGAGGUGCCACACCCAUUGGACCGCAACUACCAGCUUCUGAGGUGCCAGCUUCAGCUGCUGGACCCUGAAGCGUUGGAGCACAAGGUGAUCUGUACCUACUUAGAGCAGACAAGCAACCCCUACAGGUGUCCUACCCUGCAGCACAUCUGGAAAGUAAAACGAGAAGGGGAGGGGGACAGGUUCAAAGCCCACUCCGGACUGGAGAACCGGAAGCUGCUGUGGCAUGGCACCAACGUGGCUGUGGUGGCUGCCAUCCUCACCAGCGGGCUCCGCAUCAUGCCACACUCCGGUGGCCGCAUGGGCAAAGGCAUCUACUUCGCCUCAGAGAACAGCAAGUCAGCCAGCUACGUUACCGGCAUUAAUGGCAUUGGCUACAUGUUCCUGAGCGAGGUGGCACUGGGCCGAGAGCACCACGUCAUGGCUGACAAGCCCAACCUGCAGCAGGCACCCCCUGGCUUUGACAGUGUCAUCGCCCGAGGUCACACCGAGCCAGACCCAGCCCAGGACAUCAAGCUGGAGUUGGAUGGCCAGCAAGUGGCGGUGCCGCAGGGCCGGCCCGUGCCCUGCCCACAGUUCAGCAGCUCUCGCUUCUCCCAGAGUGAGUACCUCAUCUACAAGGAGAGCCAGUGCUGCCUGCGCUACCUGCUGCAGCUUCGCCUCUGAGCCGUGCCGCCCAUGCCUGCCCUGGCUCCCCAAAACCUGCAGCCUCCUCCCUGCCUGACCCCUGACCUCACCUCCCCACCCCUGGCACUCCUGUGGCUCCCCCAGAAUGCAACACAGUCCCCAUCCCACAACACGGCCUGUCUGGUGGCUUGCAGCUAUCUCAGUGUGUGGUGAGCACCUGAGAUGGUCACGGAUGGCCAGGUGGCCUUGCGCGGCCAGCCCUGGGGGCGACCUGACUGUGGCCAACAGUCACCAGGCCCUGACAUCAUACUCUCAGCCUCGAUCCUCCCACCACGUCCCCAGUCCCUGGAAUGCCCACCUUGCUCCCCACUCCAAUGAGUUCCAUAUACAGGUGGGGUCACGUGCUUCUUGUGGCCUGGCUCAUCUGGCACCACGUCCUGAAGGCUCACCACCCAGGGCUGCCUGCUCUGUCAAGGCUGCUGCAUAGCAUGCCUGUGUACUAGACUAGCCAUUCAGCCAUCCGCAGGCACACAGGAGGGUUCCCUGUUCCCAUGCUCUGGGGGUCUUCUCGGCCUGUGGAUUUAAUUGCUUGGGACAAGAGCAGGGCAACCGGAAGAGCAGAGAAGCUCCCCUUUUUGCCAGCCCCACCUGAGACCCCAACAGUAGCCUCCCUUCUCUUCAGUCCCUCCUAACCCCAGCGUCACUGUGGCCCCAGAGCCCUGCAUACAGGGUGAGAGAGGCAUGGCGGUGGGGUGAGCUCUGGACGCAUAGUUGUCUCAUGAGUGGGGCACAGGCUGUGGGUGGGCAGGACUCCACAUCCACCUGUGCUGUCUGGAAGUGGGACCACUGGGACAGGCUCAAUUGCAGGUGUGCCUAAGUGGGGUCAUUGAACAUGGUGCUCUCCUGCCCCCAGACUCUGCUCAUCUGUGUGCUACUGUGCCAACUCCUGGCCUCUUUUCUCUUUAAAGAGACCAAGCAUGUGGCAGCUCCAGUCCUGCUGUAGGGACUGAAUGCUCACGUGGGUCGGUGGAGCUCACACACACCCCUGGGCCACCUUGGCUUGUCAAUCAUCUGUGUCUUAGAAUUGAAUCUUCAAGGGGACCCUCAUCAUCAACCCAGAGCCAUUUGUCCUGUGAGGACCCAUGUGGUGUUACUAUUAUUAUUGGAAAGGUAGAGAGAGAGUUCACUCACCUGCUGGCUCAAUCCCCCAGAUGCCUGAACUGACCAGGACUGGGCUGGGGCUU